AUGGAGCGGCCUGCAGCUGCUGCUCCGUGGCAGCAGGACGCAGACGAUGCCUCCCAGCCUCAGCAGCAGCAGCCGCAGCAGCAGCAGCCUCAGCAGCAGCAGCAGCAGCAGCAGCAGCAGCAGCAGCAGCAGCAGCACCGGCACUGGGGCCCCUUCCACCGCAGCAGAGACACCGAAGAACCCUCUGCUGUUGUUUGGAGCGAAAGGCUGCAGCAAAAGCUCGAAGGCAUCGACAGCGCCCUCGCCAUUGCCACGAACAAACCCGAAAGAGAUGUGGCAAUUGAAAUCCGAGGGUCUCGCACUGUCCGCGUUGCAUGCAGUUCAAGAGAGGACUGGGGCUUGUGGAUGAAGGGCCUUUUGCUGCUGCACGAAAAAGCUUUAAAAGGAAAAAAUUCUUCAAAAGCUCUUUCGGACUUAAUUGCUUUGGAGUGGCAACUGGCAGAAAAAGAUGCUUUUGGUGAACUUAAUUGA